AUGGAGACCGCAGAGCCUGUCGCUUACGAGUUCCCUGGCCAUACCGUGGGUGCGUUUGCACAAAGACGCCCGAUGGACUCGACCUUGAGUCAAAACUUUCCCUUCUGUUCGCAUCAAACAGCACCAUACUCGUUGCAUUAUCAGGCCCCGAAUAGCUUACCUUACAGCUUCGGUCACUCCGUGGGUCACACACAUGCACAUUCGAAUCCCUAUCAGCAUUACUUCGUCCCUAGUCAGCACCCGAUACAGCCGCAACCACUGCACCUCACAACGGAACAACCGCUGCAGUCUCUUCCAGAGAUUCGUCCGGCGAAGAACGCCAUCAGCCAGACAGUAAAGUCUUCUCCCGACUAUGGUCCACGGGCGCAACUUUCGACUGGAGGCCACAGUUCACCAGUCGGGGCAACGAAUGAGACGAAGCAACCUCCUGCUGACACCGCUUUCUCAACCAAUGUGGAUGUCCUGAUGAAGGCAAUUCAGGCAAAGCAUGCUUCGUCACCAACCCAACAAUCGCUGCCACCACUCCAACAUCUGGCAGCACCGGCACCACACGCCUAUUCCACAUCUUACCCGAAUGCCUCACCCACGCCACUGCGCUGCUACCAUGCCAACGAAAGCCAACUAUCGCGCUCAGGAAAGAAGCGCAAGUACAAUUGCAGCCUGGAAGGCUGCGGUAAAAGCUUCGCGCAAAAAACACAUCUGGACAUCCACAUCAGGGCGCAUACAGGUGACAAGCCAUUUAUAUGCAAGGAGCCCUCAUGCGGGCAACGAUUCUCGCAGCAAGGCAACCUCAAGUCCCACCAGAACAAAUUCCACGCAGCAACACUCCACAAUCUAACCGUCCGCUUCUCACAGAUGGGCGAGAAUGGAGCGAUGAACAUGAACCCGGCAGACCGCGAGUUGUGGAUGUAUUUCGCCGGUUUAUAUAAAAACAGCAACAAGGGCAUCAAGGGCCGAGGAAAGGACCGACGGAUCUCGGCGACGAGACGGUCUGAUGUGCCGAGUAGCUGCAACUCUAUGGACCGAAUACAGUCUGUUGAGUCCGAGGAGGGCGUUUCGAAGAUGCAGACACAGAUGCGCCGCGAGAGCUUUGAGGAUGGUUUCUCCGUUUAUAAUGCUUCUAGCAGCGAUGGCGAUGACGGAGAGCCUUGUUAUAUUGACCGCAGGUCUCAUGUUCAUGGACAGGGACAUGGCCAGGGUCAUGGUCAUGGUCAUAGGCAUUGA